AUGCUUGGCUUACACAAGUCAUCUCUAGGCAUGGUCCUGAUCCUGCUCCUCCUUCUCGUCCUCAAGGCAUCUCUCGCGGCCGAUGCUGGGCAGCCUGGUCCGUCUGGUCAACGAGUUCGGCCAGCAUCCAACAGUCCUCCUGGUCAACCUGCGGCAAAGAGACCCUCCAGUCACUCCGAGCAGUACAAAAACGCCUUAGCAUGGUCAAACAUCUUCUUCAAAAUAUACCCCGGUGCUCAAGCUAAGAAGCAGACAUAUCAGGACCUAGAAAAGUGGGGCUGGAAACGUGCAGAGGGGACUGAGCUGCCUCAGGUCGAUGUUAAUUAUCUCCGCUCUCCUCUCCUGGCCUUGGGUGCUGGAGAACCAUCGCAGCAGCAUGGCCGUGUCUGUUUCUCGCACAAAGCUGGGGAAGAGACCCACCCUUUCUUGUAUCACGUUGUUGAAAGUACACCGGCCUGCCUAGAUCAGUUCAUGUUCCACGAUGCGGGUGUGGUCGCCGUCACGGAGAUGAAUCAACCUAGCGAGGGUACUGCUGAUGCUCAGAACACUGAUGGAGAUAAGCUGGACGAGUGGCAGGAUGUCAUGGCCGUGGCUUGGCAAACCCUGUGUCAGUUACAUAACACUGCGGACACAGCCUGCGAUCGCCUCACUUGGAUACUCAUGUCGAAGAUCACGGAUCGAGAUUUUCUAGAUAUCAUGGAGACAGCCCUCAACGGUGAUUGGCAGAACAUCAAAAUCUGGCCUGGUAACUCUUUCCCGACCUCGACUGAUCCCGGGAAAGCUCUGCUAGGGAUGCCGAUAGGCCGUCAGGUAGCCAAGUUAAUCGCUCAGCAUCAAGACAUGUUCCCGGGCAAGAUCGUGGUCGAAGUGGUAGUUUAUGACCCCUUGGGAAGUAUAAAUGGUGGGGAGAUCCCUGAGGACUGGCUCGAUCGCAAAUACCCAGGUUUGGCGUUCCGCAUCGGCGACAACAGUCAACAGAACACCCAUGCAAGUGGUACUAGCUCUCACUCCGGGACUGCGCUGCAAUUAUCACAGCCUAUGUGGCAACAAGCGGUUGCAGCUGGUCGGCAGAUGGUCAUAGCUCUUGACAGCGGCCGAGCAUUUCAACCUCAGUCGACGGUGAACGCUUUCACUGACAUCACGCCACACGGAUGGGUGCAGAGAGCCAAGGGCAUUCCCGCGUUCAAUGUCGAUGCAGUCCUGGAUGCCUACCAGCAUUUCGGCUUAGAUCCGAGAUUCCGCCCACGAACUGACACGAGUGUCAAUGGUAUGAGUGUAAUUAGCCAUAGAGGUCUCCUGCGCAAUAUAUACCACGAUCACCUGAAGACUUGGACCAUCGCGGAAGUGCCGUACAACGCUACAGGGGCGGAAUACUUACAGGCAGCGACCCCCGGACAGGGUGUGUUGGUCCUACAAAAACAUCUCACAAUGCAGCAGGCUGCAGAACCCAUGCCGCAGGCUCAGAGACCGAUCAACUAUUCCCCCGGUAGCGACUGGAGAAACAUCGGCCUAAUACUAUGGAAGCAGGCUUGCGAAGAAAUCCAUCUAAGGCCUGAAAUCCUACAAUAUGUUUUCAUCGUUGGCAUCAAUGAUCCUGAAACCGUUUCGCUCGCGGCGACUGUAUGGAAUCAGAGAUCGAUUGAGUCGAACUUUCGAGCGGAGUGGAGAGGCGUGCCGGGAAAAUCCACCGACGGACAGGCUUUCUCCACAACGUCGGAGCAGGGCAUGGCGCUGGUGGGCUCCCCCUUGGGUCAACAGGUUGCCGGUAUGCUAGGAUAUCACCAUGCCGAUUUUCCGCAAUCCCGAAUCGACACAGUCUUCCUGUACUACGUCAGUAUGGAUUGGACGGACCAGCCACGACGCAAACAGGGCACUGGUCCUCCACCGGGCCCGGUGGAGAACCAGCCAUGUCUCGUAUUUCACGUCGAGAAGUGA